AUGUCGCUUCGCUUCAUGUUGGGCUUCUGGGUCCUAGCCUUCUUGGGCACAGCAUCCAAUGCAACUUUACUAGGCAAACGGGACGCUCAGACACAGCCCAUCGAGAUUGUCAUAGGAUCAUCUACACAGUAUGAUACUCUAAUAAGUACAUUUCUCGUGCGAACUGAUGCAACAUACACUGCCACCACCCCUGUUUAUGGACAUGGUGAAGCAAACACUACAUACAACAUUCCCUUCUCGGACUCUCGAGGCCUGUCAUGUGGGACUGUCAUGGUGGAAAGCCAUGUAACUAUAUUAUCGUCGACCGACCGUAUAAUCAGUGCGCCCGAGACAACCACUCUGCCUACCGAAAAUCCAUGCGACAUAGUGACCGUCAUUGUCAGAAUGCAAGGUUACAAGAAAGGCGAUACAAACGCUCCUCUUUCCCAAGAUCCGACCUUGGCUUUAUCUCCUCCCGAGACCGAAAUUUCUACCGUUUCGCAAGAUGGCUCUGCCGUUUCUUCAGAUCCUGGUUCCCCAAUCGACUAUACCACCAUCACAAGUACAGGCACAGACACCGGUACCUCCACCAUCACUAAGGCCCCGUCAGGAUCUAGCCCUGGAACGGUGAUUGUUGUGGUACCGAGCCCAUCGUUUCCAUACGUAACCGUAACGUCCUAUGAUCGUUCAAUCACAGCUGCAGUCACGAGUACAAUACCUCCCACAGGUCCUGGAGAGACUGGUACUGUUGUUAUCUAUGAUCCAUACGAAUGGGAGACCACGACCUCUUAUGACGAUGCCGCUUCAUCUGACUAUACAACGACUAUGUGGCCUUCUGCAUCUGAUCAUACAGGCACAGUAGUCAUACAUAUGGCAGAUAAAUGGGUGACAGUCAGCUCAUAUGACCAAACAAUCACAGCCGCAUCUACGAAGACUAUUUCCCCAUCCUCCCCAGACCAAACAGGUACUGUCGUGGUUUAUCAGCCAGAUCCAUGGGUCACGUUUACUUCCUAUAGAAGUGACACCGCAGCAUCUACAAACACUAUAUAUCCAACUGGUCCAGGCGCAACGGGAACUGUUAUUGUGUACCAGGGAUACCAGUGGACGACCGUCACUUCCUUUGGAGAAUACACAGCUGCAUCGACAUCUACCAUAUCCCCAUCUACUCCAGGUCAAUCUGGCACUGUAGUAGUCUUCAGACCGCAGCCAUAUACAACCAUUACGUCGUACGGAUCCGUCUCAACCGAUGCUACAUACACCUCGCCUCCUCCUUCUCCUGGCCAGACAGGUGUUGUUUUAGUUGUAGCAAAGCAGCCAUAUACGACUAUCACGUCAUACGGAGGCGUUACGGCUGAAUCUACAACCACCAUAGUUCCAUCCACUCCGGGUCAAACUGGCACCGUGAUUGUGUUUGAUCCUCAGUAUUACGUGACUACCACCAGAUAUGGAAGUGUCACAGUGGCCACUACAAGAACUGCAAGCGGUGAUGGGUCUAGCCGAACUCUUACCGUCGUGGUUGAUCUACCUCAACCUUACACUACAGUAACUAGCUAUGGCACUUUCACUGCAGCCAGCACUAGAACAUACCCACCUUCUGCUGCAGGACAAACAGGCACUAUCGAGGUUGACCUACCUCAGUCCUACACAACAGUCACCAGCUAUGGCGCUUUCACCGCACCCAGCACUAGAACAUAUCCACCUUCUAUUGCUGGACAGCCAGGCACUGUCGAGGUUGAUCUGCCUCAGCCUUACACUACAGUAACUAGCUAUGGCACUUUUACUGCAGCCAACACCAGAACAUAUCCACCUUCUGUCGCAGGACAGACAGGCACUGUCGAGGUUGAUCUACCUCAGUCCUACACAACAGUUACCAGUUAUGGUCGGCCCCAGCCAUAUACGACUGUAACAAGCUAUGGCAGCUUUGCAGCAGCAUCAACCACCACAAUGGCACCAGCGAGCCAAGGCGGUACAGGUACUGUUAUCGUAGACUUACCCCAGUCCUAUACGACUACGACAACCUGGGGUUCCUUCUCAACAACUGGUACUACCACCUUGUCGCCAGCCUCUCAGGGUGGCGUUGCAACCGUCGUUGUUAAACGACCCCAGUCCUAUACGACUACCACAAGCUGGGGUACCUACGCAGCAGCUAGUACCACUACAAUGGCACCAGCGAACCAAGGCGAUCCAGGUACUGUCGUUGUUAACUUACCUCAGUCCUACACAACCACUACAACCUGGGGUUCCUUCUCGUCAAGUGGUACCACUACCAUAUCACCAACGUCUCCGGGUGGCGUUGCUACAGUGGUUAUGCAAAAACCCCAACCAUACACCACUGUAACUAGCUAUACCAGCACUGUCUCAAUCCAGAGCACAUCCACUGGGACACCUGCUUCCGCCGGGCAGACUGCCACUGUAGUUGUCGUCGCUCCCCCAGUUGGAACAAAGGCUGCAGAUCAGUCAUGUAACAAUGGUGGUCUGGAAUACGCCAUCUAUACCAACUCGUACUAUAACGCUGAUCCGCCCAAUUAUUCUUCCCUCAACGUAGCAUACUUUGGCACAGCGACACCGACUUACACUGGCAUUACGAAUUCCAUCGGCAUUACAGAACCAGGAGGAGUCAAAGCAGGAAAUUCAGGCCCUGCUCAGGCUAUUUAUCCUGGCUCACCAAGUCAGACAUGGCAGUACAAGGCUGUUAACCAUCGGGCAUUCUUAUAUGCGCCAAUCAAUGGUACUUACUCUGUUGUUGUCCCAUACUCAGAUGAGGUUACACUGGUUUGGUAUGGUAAUAAGGCUUUGUCAACAUGGACACGCGCCAAUGCAGAUCUGGAGCAGGACUUUUCAUCAGGGCCUUCCACCUCUAAGACCCUCAAGAUGCAGCUAACAGCGGGCACUUACACGCCAUUCCGAGUUUUCUGGGCCAAUGCUCAGGGAGACUACUCUAUGAUAGUUACUGUUACAGCUCCGGACGGUACUGUAAUUGUUAAUGACUCUGGGUCAUCGAGCAAAUACUUUGUUAGAUUUGCUUGUGAUUCCAGCACACCUACUUAUCCUGCAUUUGGACGCGGAGGUUAA